CCUAUCUGUGCAACUCGAUAUUAUGUAAGAAACCGUGAAAACAAAAUGAAUUUCAGCUUUGAAAACGUUUUUCGCCGGGAUGGUGCUCCAAAAUUCUAUAGGAAGAUAGAAGUUGGAAGGAUGGAAGGAUGUAAUGCAUCACUGGCGAAAGGGGGUCUACCGUACCGCCUACGUUAGAAAUCAUCGACACGGGCGCAGCUCGCGAGGUAAUGCGGCUGCGUUUGUGCCACUGAAGCUUUUCCAGGAUCGCGAUCCAGGGUUAGGCGGGAGGCCAGGAAAGGUGGGAGAGAAAGGGAGGCGCUGACCGUGCGAGAAAGAUGGCAGAAAGGGUAGCAGGUCGGAGGAGCGUUGCUUCACGCUCGGUGGGGAGUCCAACGUGCACCGUGCAUCCAGUUGUAUACCUAAAUGCGUACCCGGCGCUGUUUUAAUAGUACACACGUGCAGUCGCGGCCCAAUGAAUUGAUCCCGCGAGGUGAAUCCCCCCAGGGAUGAAAAAGAUGUCGCGCCAUCUUUGAGGGCACCCCCGGAGGGCCAGCGCGCGCAAUUUUCAUCCGCGGACCGUCAGACGCCGCGCUCACAAUUUUUCGGAGCUGACUCGCGAAUUAGGGGUCCGUACGCGUCCCACGGACCAGCUUUUCGAACCUCGAAACUUCGGGGAAGACUCCGAAAGUGAUACUUGUCAAAUUCAUUUUUGUUGUUUUUUUUUUUUUUGUAGCUCUGGGAAGACUCUGAAAGUGAAACUUGUUAGAUUGAUUUCUGUAUAUUUCAACGGACUCUGAAAGUGGAAUUCGUUGAAUUAAUUUGUAUAGCUUUGGGAAGACGACGAAUUCAUUUUUAUAAAUUUGUGAGGACUCCGAAAGUGAAACUUGUUACGUUCUUUACUGGAGCAUCGAGGACACCUUAGCGAAUUAAUUUUCGUAGCUCACGGGGGUUACGAACGUGAAAUUUGUCAAAUUGAAUUUUUUAGCUUCGAGAAGACUUUGAAAGCAGUACUUAUCGAAUCAGUAUUUGUAGCUCUGAGAAAGUUCUGAAAGUGAAACUCAUUUUUGUAGCCUAUUGAAGACUUUAAAAGUGAAACUUACAAAAAUUAAGUUCUGUAGCUUCGAGUGGAGUCAAAGAACCAAAAAUUUAUCUUCCAGUGUCGUUUAUUAGCUUCCUGACGAUUGAAAUUUUGAUCACACCUGGAACCACGAAGAGAAUCGUAACAAUUCUGAGAUGAUCAUUAAAUGAAGUAAUCGAAGUUUUCCAGUUGUCGUUUAAUAUCUGGAAAGUUAAACUUCGGCGCAGUACCUUCCCACGCUCGUCAUCUAUGAAAUUCGUUAAGAAUAUUUAUCAAUAAAAUGUCGAUCCAAGCUGCACGCACUGUACAAGAAAAUGUGUGUGUCAUUGGGUGCGUCGAAGUUCCGUCGGACUGGUGUGAAGUGCGAGACGGGAAGUGAGAAAUAGUUCUACAGGAGAUAAAGAAACGAACUGAAGUGCAAAAGUUGUGAGUCGUACAUUUUUUUUUUCUAUUUCUUCUUUUAUCAGUAAGUCAGUGAACUUUUAUUCCGAGAACAUACUACUUGAAAUAGCUGACAAUCACUCUUUAUCGACCCUAGUUCGCCUUCCAAACAUUAAUGACAUUUAUGGCACUUGACUGAAUUGCACAAGUUGUGAUACAUAUUCUUAUUUUUAUUCUUCUUACGUCAAAAAAUAAAUGGUCUUUUUUCGAGAGUAUAUUAUUUGGUGUAACGAUGAACGUUCGUAGGCGAUGAUUGUUUAAUUUCCAAAUAAUUGAUGACACUUAUGGUAUAGGACGGUGGUUGUGUGAGAUGAAAAUUACGAAGGACGAUGUAGUCGACGGAAGUUAAUCAACAUGAUAACAAUAAUGGUAAUCGAUGGGAUUCCGUGAACGUCUGAAGUGUGUCAAGUACCGACGGCUUGAUAAAAGUGCGCGUCCCUUGGGAAGUUCCUGCCGCCGAAAUCACUUUCGCACCGAGGGGGAAGGCUAAUUGGUCCUCACCCUGGUGAAAUGCCUACAAGGGCAUGAAUUUAGCCAAAGGCUGCAGCCCUUCUUCGGAUACUUUGGAUCUGAGCUCGCACAAUCAUCAUCUGAACAAUAAUUCCAUCCUCGGUGCUACUGGGCCGCAGGAAGUCGUGAUGAAGGAGAAAAGCAAGAAUGCAGCGCGUUCGCGCCGCGUGAAAGAGAAUCAGGAAUUUUUAGAAUUGGCGAAGCUGCUGCCACUUCCGACGCCCAUCACCACGCAACUGGACAAGGCCAGCAUCAUUCGACUGACCACGAGCUACCUGAAGAUGCGAGCGUUGUUUCCUCAUGGUCUUGGAGACGAAUGGGGUGCCGCCCCGCCGCCCAUCAACCCGCUAGAAUCCGCUAUCAAGGAACUGGGCACUCAUAUUUUGCAAACUCUGGACGGUUUCAUAUUCGUCGUGGCGCCCGACGGCAAAAUUAUGUACAUAAGCGAAACGGCCAGCGUGCACUUGGGACUGUCGCAGGUGGAGUUGACGGGGAACAGUAUAUACGAGUACAUCUACCACAACGAUCGCGACGAGAUGAUGGCGGUUUUAAACCUGCCCCAAAGCACCGCGGACCUCACAGGCUUCAGUUUCUCCCCGCCUAAUUCGAGAGGCGAAAUCGAGCUAGAGCGUGCCUUCAUCCUCAGGAUGAAAUGCAUCCUGGCGAAGAGGAACGCGGGGCUGGUCACGGAAGGAUACAAGGUCAUACACUGCUCUGGCUACCUAAAAUGUAUCAUAGAAGGACCAGUAGGGUCAGAGUACGAGGACGGCACAGGUAGAUGCAUCAGAAACGUUGGGUUGCUGGCGGUGGGCCAUUCCCUGCCUACGCGUUCCAUAACGGAAGUCAAAUUACACCAGAAUAUGUUCAUGUUCCGUGCAUCAUUGGACCUGAAACUGAUAUUCGUCGACACCAGGAUGGCCGAAAUGACUGGGUACAACCCACCUGAUCUGAUCGAGAAAAACCUCUAUCAUUACGUGCACGGGUGCGACGCGUGCCAGCUGAGACAGGCUCAUCGAAUAUUGCUGUACAAGGGUCAAGUGACGACCAAAUACUACAGGUUCUUGACGAAGUCGGGAGGCUGGAUCUGGAUGCAAUCGUACGUAACGAUCGUCCACAAUUCGAGAAGUUCCAGGCCACAUUGCAUAGUGUCGGUUAAUUACGUGUUGACGGAACCGGAGAGCACAGACUUGGUGUUGAAUUGCGAGCAAAUAUCCUCCUGCUCGAGCCCGGGGAAUCCCCCCAGCGCGCCUCUGGCCACCCCCACGGCCAGCGCAGGAGCGAACGAUUUGGAGAACCACAGCCCCAGCCCUCCGGCUUAUCGGAACAGAACGAAAGAACCGCCUGAUAACGAUUACGCGGACAGCGCCGGUUACCCUAACCCCGAGUACAUCGGCUCGACGAAUCACAGCCAUUUUUUAUCGUCGCCUUACGCCACGCAAAGUUUGAAUGGCAAUACUCACGAGGACAGCUCCUACUACAGCCCUGACUUGUUCUACCAAUACGGAGACAUGCACCAAGACCCCCUGGCCACGGUGCCACAACAGCAAGAGACGCAACACCCGCACCUGCUGCACCAUACCAACUCCCUGUCGAACCUCCAGCAGCACAGUCCCCAGAACGCCCAACAGAAACGUCAGCAUCCCACUCACCUGCUGCAUCACGCCACGUCCCUGACCAGCCUGCAACAGCAGCAGCAGCACAGUCCGCAAGGAACUCAACAGAAGAGACCCUACUCGACCUCCUCCAGUUCCUGCGGCAGCACGGACGCCAUAGACACUCAUUUGCCGAGUCCGUUGAGCCUUCACUCUUUACCACCGAGCUAUCAUCCCCAUCAUCGUCACCACAUCCCCGACACAGCGCCGUCCAACCUCAACGAGGUGGGUGGCGUGAUUAUGUACCCCAACUGCGGCUUCAACAACAACGACAGCUACAACGCCGCUGCGAACGCGACAGGGAACCUGCAGCACCACGAGGCUCCCUAUCAGCCGCACUCCGGUCACCAUAGCUCUGGCAACACACCUGUGAAACAUUCGCAUCAUCACCUAGAGCCCACGCCAGCGGGUUACACUAGCGUGAUCGUAGACUCGCAACAGUACAGCCCUAGCUCCGUCCAGGAUCUGCACGGGCACGCUCACCAAUCGGCGCCGAUCGGCGGCGGCACACCGCCGUUGGUGAUCCAUCAUCCACACCACUACGAGGCACAUCACCAAUUCGUUCACUGACACCAACUCGAGGUGCCCUGCGCGUAGCACCUCGACACCAAUUGCGACGACGAGCCGUGCUACCGAGGGCAUCAAAGUUGUCCCGCAGGGAACACCCUGGAGCAUCGUUCGGGCGUCGCCCAUUGCGCUGAUCGCGUGGUCGAGUCGCAGCAGUACGGUGGCCUUACCGAACCGCAAGACGGCGGUCAGGUUCACCAUGUGAGUGCUGGUUUGAGGACGUACGCCACCGAGCCUGUCGCCUACGUUGCGCCAUACGGAACGCGGUGUCGAGAGACCAGGGUGGAGUAGAGAUUGUUUGGUUCUUCGGGAGAAAAUCGAUUCUGAGAGCGAUUUUCAGUGGAGACUGGAAGAUCGAGGUGUGAUGAAAUGGCGCGUUUGAGAUCCAGGGUGGAUUGGAAAACAGAGUGUUUGGAUUCGAGGAGCUUUGAUUCUAGAGUUCUCAAAGCAAUUGGUUCACGGGAACGUUUCAGUCUCUUCAGUUAUUGGUUUGAAGAAACCAAAUCUAUCAAAUCUAUCGAAGAAAACAGAUUGACGAAUUCUCUGACGUGCAAUGAACUGGUUUGCGAAUAUGAGAAGUGGAUCGUGAUCUGUUGAUAAAGUACGGAAACAGUGCUUAAGCUCAAUGUUAUGUGGAUCGCAAAUAACAUUGAUGCUAUUGAGUUUACACAAUACUGAGAACAGUAUACAAUUGAUGUACUUAAGGGAAUUAAUUACAUUGAUCGAUUUGUUAUCAUUGUAUUUGGUCCAGGCCUCAUUUCUAGAGGCCUCUUUUAUUGAUGCAGAUUUUUAUCAAAUUCGUAUGUUCUUAAUAAUGAGUACAAUAUUUGGUACAAAAAGCAAUAUUAUUACUUUUCGUCCUAGAUCAGCUAUCUUAAUGUUACUCAAAUUGAAAUCAAGCGAGUGGACUAUUUUUUGUGAGUUUAUUUAUAUUCACUGACCAGUAAACAACAGUAAACAACAAUAUAAAAAGAAAUUAUCCUUUAUUGAGGGACUCAAGGAAAAGUGAAGUUUGAGAAUCACUGGUCCAUCAGAUCCUGUCUCAAACGCGAAGCAAUUAAUCGCGUAACCAGUCACCAAUUAAUCGAUAGUUUACGCAGUUAUUAGUAGACAAUUAGUUUGAUCAGAUUGUUCAAACUAUUAAUACCAUUUAAGGCAAGGUAUGCUAGAUAAGUCUUGUCGAUGAGUCCAAUUAGCUGACAAGGGACGAAACGUAGUAGUAUUGUGUUCUUUGUAACAAAAAUGUUACUUAUUGUACAAAGAACCCAACUUCGGUUCUUGCUAAGGAUGUGACAUAUCUUUGAGCGUCGAACUACGUUAUUUAUAUUGGAGCCCGUUUGUUCAUUCAAUUACCAACGAUAUUCGCAGGAAGCAACUACUUUUUAAUUUAAAUUACCUGAACGAACCAUCGAAAUCGAGUAGGCGAUUCGAUCGAAUUUUCGAAUUAAAACAAGUUCGAUAAUACCAUUCAUUGAAGAACACGAAGGAUCGAUGCUCGACUGUCAAAAUUAGAGAAAAGAAUUUCAGCAGAUUCACGCUGGACGUGACUAGCUGAAGUUCUUUUACUCUUGAGAAGCGAGCACAAACAUGUACGAUUUUCAGAGACAGGCAAAAUUUCAUUCGAAUAACAAAUAAUCAAUAAAAUCACCGCAUAAACGUUUAUUCGCAACGUUCACUCUAUUGGAUAGUUACAAACGAAACUUUCAUUCGCUUAACAUGAAAUAAAGGAUUUUCCAAAGGGUAGUUUGAGAUUUUAGAAACCCCUCUAUAUUUAUUUUAUAAUUCAAAUUGCAAUGAUUACCAAGUAAUCGGUACCUUUUAUUCGUUACUCGACAGUGUCUAUCGAGAUAAUUAUUUUGCUCGUCUCUGAUAAUUUCGCACGAAUCAAUACACAGUGUUCUGCAAGGACGAGUGAAAAGCUCGCCAAAGGAUCUAGUUUUCAGGCGUUCAUUCUGUAUAUAAAGAAAUAAGGAAAAAAGCAUGAAGCUGCAUCGGAUUGUUUUUAAGAUAUCAGCGUAGCGCGUUGUACAUACUUCUAGACGUUGUAAAUUACGUAGUUGCUAAAUCUUAAGACGUGUACAUACUCCAUAUUUCUUACAUAGAUCCGAAGACUGACCGGUGCUUGUACCAACCGACCAAAGAAACGCGCCCUGCUUAAGCGAGGAGAGACAAAAAAAAUGGAACAACAAAAUAUCGCUGUUAUUAUAUUUUUAUUCGCGUUCAUUCGAACGAAUCGAGCACUAGGCCAUGCACUUAUGUACAUGGCGUAUCCGGGAGCCCACCCGGUACAUUUAACCGUCGAAGUAUCUCAUUAUAAACCAGAGAUGAGCGAAAUUUCAUUCGAAUAGUAGAUAAAUACAACCAACAACGAUUCAUUCCCAAUUGAAUUUGUAUUUAAAACAAGAUCAUUUUUAUUGAUAAGACAAGAAAAAAUUAAUUUCAACCUUUAGCAACGUUGAUUAAAUUAUUACAGACACUGGGGAUAAAAGAAGAUUCUUCAGGACUAGUAUUAUUUAAUGCAGCUCAAAAAACCUAUUUUUCCUAGUGUCUUUAAUGUAUUUUAUGAAAUUAACUUUUGCUCAAGUUAUCGGCAAAAGUGAUGCUUUUUUAAAUACAUUUUUCGAGCAAUGUCUAAGUUUAAAAUUAAUCUUAGCAAAAAAUUAUUUGUCUUUCCCUAGUGUUCGAUCCAUUUAUUUGUUUGAAAAAUUUGACCAUCUCUGUUCUAAAGCUCUAGUAACCGUUUCUCGGCACAUAUCCGGACGAGGAAGUUACACCGCAUGUAUAAAACGCGUGUACACGUAAUAUCGAAGCGAACCUUAAUUAUUAUUUAUAUUCGAUGUAAAUUGAGCGCGGUACAAUACGUAGCGAGUGAAUAACACCGCGAUUGUACGAUAAUUAGGACGUAAGCGAUGUAAAUAUUGUAAAAGUAUAGCGCGCGCUGCAUACCUACGCGAGAAAAUAUAAUCAUAUUUUCCUCUGACAACGAUUAAUCUCAUUUCCUUUCAUUUUCGACGCCAAACCUAUCAGGAUGAUCGAAUGGAGUUUGUUUCAGAAAGAUCAGAAGUGCUCGUAUGGAAUUGGAAGUCGAAGGAAUGCAUUGGAAAAUAACCAAUAACAA